AUGGGUAAACGUUUCCAGAACAAAGUUGUUAUCAUAACAGGUUCUAGCAGUGGAAUAGGAAGAGGCACAGCUCAAAAAUUCGCUGAGGAAGGAGCGAAGAUAACAAUUACUGGAAGGAAUUCCUCAGCUUUGAAGCAAACGAAAGAUCUACUCGUCUCUUCUGGAACUCCUGAAGAUUUCAUUCUAGAAGUUAUCGGUGAUUUGACAGACGAAAAAAUUCAAGAGAAAGUCAUUGCUGAUACAGUCGGAAAAUUUGGCUCGAUCAAUAUUCUGGUGAACAAUGCUGGAGGGCUAGCUCCGGAUAGAACGAAUAAAGAAGAAUAUCAGCGAAGUAUGGACGUUUUCGAUUAUGUCUUCAAACUUAACUUGAGAGCAGCUGUUAAUCUCAUGAAUCUAGCUCUGCCACACCUUAUAAAAUCUAAAGGAGAAAUAAUAAAUGUUUCCAGUAUUGCUGCUUUGAACUCAGCUGUGAAUCAAAUAACUAGAGCUUACGCUGUUCAAUACAUCAAAGAUAACGUUCGUCUCAAUUGCAUCAAUCCUGGAAUUAUAUCCACCAAUAUUUUGGAGAAACAAGGAAAAGGAGAAAAGGCGAUGGAGGUGUAUCAAGAUGAUCGAAACAAAAUUCCAAUCGGAAGAGUUGGUCAACCAAAAGACAUUGCGGAAGCAAUCGCUUUCUUAGCCGACAGAACAGCUUCUGAGUUUAUUGUUGGACAAAGUUUAGUGGUCGAUGGAGGAUCUUCUAUCAGUAAUCAUAUUUCAACCGGACUGUUACAAGACAUGUAA